GCAAUUGCCAUGCACCGCGCGCUGCAACUCGUCAUUUUCGCGGCCGUUGGCACGGCCGCCGCCGCGAACCAGACGACGACGAUGAUGCCCAACGGCACCGACCCGCUGUACGAGAACCUGGCCGCCCGCUUCCGCGAAGACUACGCCGAUCGGUACCAGAACUCGUCGCCGGCGCUGCAGCGCAUCCCGGAGGGCGAGUGGUACGGCUGGGACUACAACUUUUUCGUCAACGGCCCGAGCUUUGCCAACAUGGGCGGCCUCAGCAAGUUUACGUACGCGCUCUCGAUGGACGGCCAGACGGUCACGUCGACGCCGACGAUGCAGAGCACCGGCACGCACCACUGGCGGCUCCGCGAGGGCUGGCCGCCGUACCCGGACGGCAGCGUGCGCCGCGAGUGGGUCGUGCACCCGGACCCGAAGAACUUUCAAUGCCUCGACGCGUGGUGGGACGGCCCGACGCUGCGCGUGCACGGCUGGGAGUGCGACAAGGCCAACUUCAACCAAAUGUGGCUCAUCGAGUACGACUCGGACUUGCUUUGGAAGACGGUCUUCAUCCGCCCGCGCCACUCGCCCGAGUACUGCCUAACCGUCAACGGUCUCACGUCGUCGUACAACAACCCGUACGCGGUGGUCUUGGAUAAGUGCACGUGGCGCGUCGAGCAGCAGCAAAUCUGGGCCGUGAUCCAGACGGAACCAACCGGUUGAUCAUCACCAAGCCGUUGAAUAAUCUACAUAAGCUUAUGCACGCGACAGUAUGUCA